CAAAAAGGGAAAGAAAACCAAAUUCCCUCCUUUUUUUUUCCCCUAAAACCCCAAAAAAAAAAUAAUGGCCCAAAAAUCUCCCACUCAGCCUCAGAAGAACAAUUACAGGGUGUUUGGAAACAUGGCGUUGGUUGUUCCGAAGGAGCUUGAAGAGCUUGAAAAGUCGUCUUCUUUGUCUUCUCCGAGGCCUUUUGAGAUCCGAUUUCAAUUCCCCGAUUUCAGGGUUCCCAUUAGAGAUUUCUUGAGGACUAGAGAAGUUGGUGAAUUUCUUAGUGGAGCUUUAGCAGGAGCUAUGACAAAAGCUGUUCUGGCUCCUCUAGAAACUAUCAGGACCAGAAUGGUGGUUGGUGUUGGAUCUAAAAACAUAUCCGGUAGUUUUAUUGAGAUCAUUGAGCAGCAAGGUUGGCAAGGACUGUGGGCUGGAAACGGAAUCAAUAUGCUUAGAAUAAUUCCCACCCAAGCAAUUGAGCUUGGAACAUUUGAGUAUGUCAAGCGCACGAUGAUAUCAGCACAAGAGAAAUGGAAUCAGAUUGAAAGCCCAAAAGUGCAAAUUGGUCAUGUUAAUUUCAACUUUUCUCUUUCCUGGAUUUCUCCAGUUGCUGUGGCUGGUGCAGCUGCUGGAAUUGUUAGCACACUUGCUUGCCAUCCUCUUGAAGUUCUCAAGGAUAGGCUGACUGUCAGUCCUGACAUAUACCCUAGCUUAAGCAUUGCAAUUAGUAAGAUUUACAGGGAUGGUGGUGUUGGUGCCUUUUACUCUGGUAUAUCUCCAACACUAAUGGGCAUGCUUCCCUACAGUACAUGUUUCUAUUUCAUGUAUGAAAAAUUAAAGAAAUCCUACUGCCAAUCAAAGAAGAAAAAAUCUCUAAAUCGUCCAGAGAUGCUUCUAGUUGGAGCUCUUGCAGGUUUUACUGCUAGCACCAUCAGCUUUCCCUUGGAAGUUGCCAGAAAACGGCUGAUGGUGGGAGCUUUGCAGGGUAAGUGUCCACCAAACAUGGCAGCAGCACUUGCUGAAGUCAUUAGGGAUGAGGGCUUCAUAGGUCUUUACAGAGGAUGGGGUGCAAGCUGUUUAAAAGUAAUGCCCUCCUCUGGUAUCACCUGGAUGUUUUAUGAAGCUUGGAAAGACAUAUUACUUGUCGAGAAGCACGUAUUAUGAUUGCUCCAGAAAAACUCGCAAUAGCUAACCAGUUGAGAAGUAGUUGAUUCAGGGUUGUUCGUGGGAGCUCUGGGAUGGGGCUGAUGGUAUUUAUGAGUAUGAGCUGCCAGUUUUUAUCUGAAUAACCCUGCCAAUUUCUACAGAAAAUUUUUUUUAUUUAGUUCUACAGAAUUAUUAGGUGAGCUUAAAUUUGGGGGGCGACAUUGAAUAUUGACAUGUAUUGUACCAACAUAUUUCUUGUAUCACAUAAUUACUAGUAUAAAAUUUUUUUUGACCAAUUUGGCCUCUAAAUUUUUCUGUAUUGUACCAACAAAACUUCGGAUUUCGUUCUCAGAAACUAAAUGUUAUAAAUGAAUUAAAUUUUAAUCACAAAGAUCAACCACAGGAAAAGCACAGCACU